AUGGCCAGUGAUGAUAAGAUCGACUUCAAGCUCUAUAGAUACACUCCAUCAACGGCUGCAGCUGCACUGUUUGUGGCUCUGUUCUUUCUCACGACUAUAUGUCAUAUCUAUCAGCUCAAUCGCGCCCGAGCAUGGUAUUUCAUCGCGUUUGUGGUCGGGGGCAUCUUCCAGAUCAUCGGCUACGUGUGUCGUGUCUUGACUCAUAGCCACAAAGAAUCAGUCCCGAUAUAUAGCGUGCAGACUAUCCUGAUCCUCCUUGCUCCGCCGCUUUACGCCGCGUCAAUCUACAUGGUGCUGGGAAGGUUGGUAGCCUUUCUGCGCGCUGAGAAACUGAGCAUUGUGUCGGUAAGGUGGAUGACCAUGAUUUUCGUCACUGGGGAUGUGAUUGCCUUUGUCAUGCAAGCAGCAGGUGGUGGCAUUAUGGCCAGUGGUACUGUCAGCAGUUACAACCUGGGAGAACACAUCACAGUUGCGGGUCUCUGUGUCCAGCUAGUUUUCUUCGGCUUCUUCAUCACCACCUGUGCGCUAUUUCAUUACCGCAUUCGCAAGUAUCCCACGCAUGAGGUCACAAUACUGGCGGGUCGCUUGUCUCAGAGAACUUCUUGGACGUGGGAAACCGUCCUUGUUGGGUUGUAUGCCUCCAGCAUUCUGAUCCUUGUACGGUCGAUUUUCCGCUUGAUCGAAUACGCGCAGGGCAAUGAUGGGUAUCUCAUUAGCCAUGAAGCCUUCAUGUACGUUUUCGAUUCGACCUUGAUGUUUCUGGCUAUGGUGGCCAUGAAUGUUUGCCAUCCGUCGAUGAUUUUGGUUGGGUCACAAAAGGAGCGGGCUGCGGAAAUGAGUUCCCCCAGUUCCCAAGUUGAAUUGCAUGAUCGAUCUUGA